CCAAUUUAAUCGUGUUUUAAACACGCUAACCAGUUUAAGCAACUAAACCUGUUACGUGUUUAACCUUUAGGGGAGAUAUAAUUUUGUCACUAAAAUCAACACCACCGACUCUGAAACCCUACAACUAAGCCAUCCCUAUUCCGAUCAAACCGUCGCUGCACCGUCACAGUCACCAUCUCCUAAAAACACAAUGUCAUGGUUCGCUCGAUCUAUCGCCAACACCUUCAAUCUCGACGACGAUGAACAACAACAACACUCUCCAACAGAUCCACACCUCCAACCACAAGACGACGAUUCAUCUCGAGGAGGCGUCAAAGAAGACUUAUCAGAAAUCACCAAAACCCUAACCACUAAACUUUGGGGCGUCGCAUCCUUUCUCGCUCCUCCACCGUCCGAUCAUCCUCCUCAUUCAGAUCCGGAACCGGUGUCUGGAAUACGGAGAGACUUUGCGGAGAUCGGAGGGAGGUUUCGGAGUGGAAUUUCAAAGCUCUCGAGUAAUAUUCAUGUGUCGGAGAUUACCAAACUGGCCACGAAUAUUCUCCAACUGUCGCCGGAGGACGCUGCGGAAGCUAUUGGUGUUACGGAUGAGGUUUUGGCGUUUGUUAGGGAUGUUACGAUGCAUCCAGAUACGUGGAUGGAGUUUCCGAUUGAUGAGGAUGAAGAUGACGCUGAAGAUUUUGAGUUGUCUGAUGCACAACAAGAGCAUGCUCUGGCUGUUGAAAGUUUGGUACCGCGAUUGGCUGCUCUUAGGAUCGAACUUUGUCCCGGUUAUAUGAGUGAAAGUUCCUUUUGGAAGAUAUAUUUUGUGCUUUUGCAUCCUAGACUUGAACCUCAGGUUGCUGAGCUUCUUUCGACACCCGAGAUUGUUAAAGCCCGAGCAUCAUUAACACAUGAGUUGAAGGCCUGUUCCGACACACAGACACAUGAUAAGCCUUCUUCUGUGCCAUCUGUUACUCAAUCAGAAUCUGUGCCUCUUGAAGUAUUAACCGUCGAAGCAGAGAAGACCGAUAAACAUCCUGUCCCAACUGAAGAACUUCAAGUUGUAGACAAAUCCGUCAUCCAAGAGGAACCGAGAAAUGAGACCAGACCCGAAAGUCAAAAACUGCCUUCGAAAACCGUCACUGAUGUAGUUGAAGAUAAAGACGAGGAUGAUUGGUUGAAGGAAGAUACCUCGGAAAAUGUAAACGUUACUGGUACAAGUAAAGUUCCCAUUGACAAUGACGAAGAUGUAUCGUUCAGUGAUCUUGAGGACGACGACGACGGAGAUGCUCCAACAAGGUAUACAAAAACGGCGUCUCGCUCUUUGACCGCUGACCAUGCUGGACAGAAGGAUUCUGAUGGUUGGCUUGAUGUUGAUGACAUUGAUGUGGCAUGAUGAUGAUGAUGAUGAUGAUGAUGAUGAUGAUGUUUUAGUCUGUUAUUUUUCAUUCAUUGUUGAUGUAUUAUUUGUGUAUGUUAUUUUUGUGAAUAUGUUGCUUACAGUUUCUGCAAAAUUGAAGUCACUUGGAAUUGCUAGAUGCGUA